AUGAAAAGCACAAUUGCCGAUGUUGAAGAGAAUUUGGGCGAGAGUGAAGUGCGUGAAGCCCAUCUUGCCAAGUCCUUGUACUUUGUAAAGGUUGGCGAGAAGGAAAAAGCACUGGAACAACUUAAAGUUACUGAAGGAAAAACUGUAGCCAUUGGCCAGAAGAUGGAUCUUGUGUUCUACACUUUGCAAAUUGGCCUUUUCUACAUGGACUUUGAUCUCAUCUCAAAAUCCAUUGAUAAGGCAAAGAAGUUGUUUGAGGAGGGAGGUGACUGGGAGAGAAAGAACAGAUUGAAAGUGUAUGAAGGCUUAUACUGCAUGGCAACCAGAAACUUCAAGAAAGCUACCAGCCUGUUUUUGGACUCCAUCUCAACUUUCACAACCUACGAGUUGUUUCCAUAUGACACUUUCAUCUUCUAUACAGUCCUCACAAGUAUCAUCUCAUUGGAUCGUGUAUCUCUAAAACAAAAGGUGGUGGAUGCACCGGAAAUCCUUGCAGUGAUUAGCAAAGUACCACACCUCUCAGAGUUUCUCAACUCUCUGUACAAUUGCCAGUACAAGUCAUUUUUUGUUGCAUUUUCUGGCUUGACGGAGCAGAUCAAGUUAGACCGUUAUCUUCAACCUCAUUUCCGCUACUAUAUGAGGGAAGUGCGCACUGUUGUCUACUCACAGUUUUUGGAGUCGUACAAGAGUGUGACAAUGGAAGCUAUGGCUUCUGCAUUUGGUGUGACUGUUGAUUUCAUAGACCAGGAACUUUCUCGCUUUAUUGCAGCUGGGAAGCUUCACUGCAAAAUUGACAAGGUCACUGGCGUUCUGGAGACAAACCGGCCUGAUGAAAGGAAUGCUUUCUACCAGUCGACCAUCAAGCAAGGGGACUUCUUGCUAAACCGCAUCCAGAAGCUAUCCCGAGUCAUUGAUCUGUAA